GUGAGUUGCAGGGGGCGGAGGAUUAGAGGCCUGGGUGGCCUGGUGCUGAGUGUGACCCGGAGCAGAGAAGGGGCCGGGCCGGAAGUGCCGGUGCCGGGUGCGGAGGAGGCUGCAGGGUGCUGAGACCCUCUGGUGACCCGCUCCCCACCCCCCGGGGCCGGCGCGGGACAUGGGCCCCACACUCCUGACAGCAUCAGUCACACCUGGGUCUCUGCAGAGAGCCCAGUCGUGCCAGGGGCUACCAAGAGACAUGGUAAGCCUCGCCUGGAGACACUCCCAGUGGUGGUGGUGCAGGAGGUCCAGGGUGGCCAUGGUACAGAGAUGGCGACUGCGGUGCUAGAGGGGCCAGAGUGGCACCAUGAAGGUGAAGCUGAAGAAUGUGUUUGUCGUUUACUUCCUAGUGUCGGUGAUUGGGCUCAUGUACGCGUUGCUGCAGCUGGGGCAGCCCUGCGACUGCUCCCAGCACCUGAGAUCAGCCAGCGACCUCAUGCAUGGCAAGGACAAGAAGAUCUCCCAGUUGCUGAGUGAGGUGAAGCGGCUGCAGGUGCGAGGAAAGGGCCCAGAGCUGGAGGGACAGGCACUGCCUAUCAUCUACGCCAUCACACCCACCUAUGCCAGGCUGGUGCAGAAGGCUGAGCUGGUGCGCAUGUCACAGACCUUCCUGCACGUGAAGAACUUUCACUGGAUCGUGGUAGAGGACUCCCCAGUGAAGACCCAGCUGGUGUCGGAGCUGCUGGCCCAGAGCGGCCUGCGCUUCACCCAUCUGCACACGGAGACGCCCAAGGAGCAGAAGCUCAAGGAGAGUGACCCCAACUGGCUGAAGCCCCGUGGCGUGGAGCAGCGUAACCUGGCCCUGCAGUGGCUGCGGGAGAACCGGGAGCUCAGUGAGGAGGGUGUGGUCUACUUCGCCGACGAUGACAACACAUACAGCCUGCACCUCUUCGAUGAGAUCCGCUCCACCAAGCGUGUCUCGGUUUGGCCCGUGGGGCUCGUGGGUGGCCUGCGCUUCGAGCGCCCUCUGGUGGAGAAGGGCAGGGUGGUGGGCUUCUACACAGCCUGGAAGCCCAACCGGCCCUUCCCCAUGGACAUGGCCGGCUUCGCUAUUGCUCUGCAGCUGCUGCUGGCCAAUCGCGAGGCCCGGUUCGACAUGCUGGCUGAGCGUGGCUACCUGGAGAGCAGCCUGCUGCAGUCAUUGGUCUCCAUCGAAGAACUGGAGCCUCGAGCUGACAACUGCACCAAGGUUCUGGUCUGGCACACACGGUCGGAGAAGCCCAAAAUGAAGCAGGAGGAGCUGCUGCAGAAGCAAGGCCUGGGCUCUGACCCAAGCAUCGAGGUGUGAGUGGCACCUGGAGAACCGGUACAUGGAGGCCCGUGUGGGGAGCUGGCCCAGAGCCCAGAACAGGAUCAGGGCUGCUGCCAGAGCAAUGGACUUGGGGACUGAACGCCCCAGACUGCUUUAUUUAUUGCUACAUGCAGGGGCUGUGCCCCCAGCCCCCACCCCACUGGCAGAGCAGCCUCUAUCCCAGCAUCUCCAGUGCUGCUGCUCCCUGCUGAGGGAGCCCCCUGCAGCCCAACAUCCUCAGUUCCUGCUGCCUGGAAGUCAGACCCUGCCCGCAGAGAGGCCGCUGCUCCAGGAUUUGUUUCCAGUGAGCGCCUCCAGGACCCGUUCCAUCUGCCCAGCAGCUCAGUGUGCAGAUCUAGCCCCUCUGCAUGGUGCCCCAGGAUGGCGGCUCUGGUCCUGCCCUGCUGGGCAGGGCUCCUAAAGGCGAUGGAGCUGUGAGAGAGAGUGACACAAUGUUCCUCCCCCCACCCACCCCACUGGGAUCCCCUCCCCAGCUCCAGGGAGCCCUGUGUGUCCAUGUUGUGUGCGUGGCUGUUGCAUGAACGUGGUGGCUGUUACAGCAAUAAGCAUGUUAUAUCCUCAAUAAAGCGCCUACCCUCCACUA